CUCAAAGUUAGAAAUCAACUCAAUCAGGCCAACAACAAUUGUUGCAACCUUCCAAAUAACCUCCCCUUUCAUACUCUCAUGCGUGAAUAAUUUCCGCGCCGUUCCGAGUGUCAAUUUCUGCCUGUGGACCAGGUAAGCAAGUUCACAGCCAGCUUUCACUUUCCUCAGCCUUGCGUAUUCAUUCAUACACAUCUACAUCCACAUCCACAUCCACAUUCACCCAACACAUCACACCCUCGACGCGCAUCAUUGGAAUCCUACUGACUGUUGCCCCCCACCCAAAGUAUUCUGAUAUAAAGCUUCAUCAUGCGUUUACGAGAUCUGUCGCCGUCUGCGGCGCUCCUCCUAGCUGUGACGCCUCAGCUAUCCUCUGCCUUCUACCUCCCCGGCGUUGCGCCAACAUCAUACAAAGAGAAUGACCUCGUGCCUCUGCACGUCAAUCGACUCACGCCGGUUGGUUCACAAGUAGAUGGAACCCUACGCUCCAUCGUAUCCUUCGACUAUUACCAUCCGGCGUUUCAUUUCUGCAGACCCGAGCCCGAGCCAAAAGAUGUCUCCGAGAGCUUGGGGAGUAUAUUAUUUGGGGAUCGCAUUAGGACAUCGCCCUUCGAGUUGAAGAUGGGAAAAAACGAGACUUGCAAGGCACUAUGUAAAGGCGUGAAGUACGACAUGAGUUCGUCGCAUUUUGUAAACCGGAGGAUAGCCCAGGGGUUCGCGCUCAACUGGCUGAUUGAUGGAUUACCUGCCGGGCAGUUGAUCGAGGAUGAAGUAACGCAAACGAAGUUUUAUAGUCAAGGGUUUGCCUUGGGGUCUACCGACCGCUCAAACAUGCACUUGAACAAUCAUUACGAUAUCAUCAUCGAUUACCACCAGGUUUCCCCCGGUCAAUACCGAGUGGUUGGAGUUAUUGUUCAACCGGAGUCCAGGAAAAAGAAUUUGGAAGGAAUGGGCAAGGAUUUAUCCUGUGGUCAGGGAAGCAACCCUGUCAUCCUUUCAGAGACCGACGAGACGACUGUGAAUUUCUCUUACGGGGUAUACUGGAGAGAAUCACCAACUGCAUGGGCUACAAGAUGGGAUAAGUACCUCCAUGUAUUUGACCCCAAGAUCCAUUGGUUCUCCCUCAUCAACUCCGCAAUUAUUGUCAUUUUCUUGACAAUCACCGUCACCUCAAUUCUCUUACGAACAUUGAGAAAAGAUAUUCAAAGGUACAACCGUCUGGAUUCCAUCAAUCUGGACGAUUUAUCAGGGACUUCUGCUGCAGUUGAGGAUGGAGUACAAGAGGAUUCCGGAUGGAAAUUGGUUCAUGGCGACGUUUUCCGAACACCAAGUUCACCUCUGAUUCUAAGUAUCUUCCUUGGAAACGGCGCCCAGUUAUUCGUUAUGACUGGGUUUACUAUUGCAUUUGCGCUACUUGGAUUCCUCUCACCCUCAAAUCGUGGCUCUUUGGGUACCAUCAUGGUCCUUCUCUAUACGGUUCUUGGCUUCAUUGGAGGUUACGCUUCUUCUCGUGUUUACAAGGCAUUUGGAGGCGAAAGAUGGAAACUCAACAUUGCGCUCACUCCUCUAUUAGUUCCUGGGAUUGUCUUUGCUACUUUCUUCCUACUCAAUCUUUUCCUAUGGGCAAAAGAGUCAUCUGGCGCUGUCCCUUUCACAACAAUGCUCGUUAUUGUCAUCAUUUGGUUCAUCAUCUCAGUACCCCUCUCCUUCGCUGGAAGUUGGGUCGGCUUCCGUCAACCAGCAAUUGAACCCCCAGUCCGCACAAACCAAAUCCCACGUCAAAUUCCACCAAGCACAACCUACAUGCGACCAAUCCCAUCGAUGCUCCUUGUUGGUAUCCUACCAUUCGGAGCUAUUUUCGUGGAACUUUACUUUAUCAUGUCUUCUAUUUGGUUCAGCAAGGUGUACUACAUGUUCGGAUUCCUCUUCUUGUGCUACGGUCUCAUGAUCAUGACAUGUGCCUCGGUCACAAUUUUGAUGGUUUAUUUCUUGCUUUGUAGCGAGAAUUACCAUUGGCACUGGAGAGCAUUCAUGACUGCUGGUGCUUCCGCGUUUUAUGUCUUCGCCAAUGCUAUUAUCUACUGGAUUACGAAGCUGCAACUGAGUGGAUUGGCGGGAAGUGUGCUGUAUAUUGGAUACAGUGCCCUGGUUUCGUUCUUGUUUUUUAUUCUUACUGGUAUGUCCCUCGUAUAUUCCCAUUCGUGUGCUUGAGCAGAAAUUAAUAUGAUCUUAGGUUCCAUUGGCUUCUUUGCUAGUUGGCUGUUUGUACAAAAGAUUUACGGAUCCAUCAAGAUCGAUUGAUCCAUUAAAUCCGAUAGGAAAGUAAAACAAGAAAAGGAAGUCCAAAAGUGGUUUGAUUGCAAUGCGACUGCGAGUGCAACAUGUAGAGAGGGCAGGGCAGGGCCGACUUGAUCUCCGUGGCUGCAAAGUUACUGUGACAGUGUACUAUAUAUAGCAAAGAGUUCCUUCUUCUGAUGCUAUGGUUUCUAGCUCGAACUUGUGGUUUUUAAGCAUCGUUGUGAGAGGAGCGGGACAUGGGCGUGGCGUCUAUUGGAAGGGUUGGUCGGCUGCUUUUUUUUUCUUUUUUGUAAUAGAUUGAUGCGCAUGAGAUUUGUU